GUCGUACUAGUCGAGAGUGCUUGUGCGAGGGAUUUUGACUAACUUAAGUGUACUAGUGUAUGACAGGCUUCUUACCUGUGCGAAUUUAUAUUUAUAUGAAGUCUAUUAAAAGUCAAAAAAGAUCCAUGAACAUAAACCACAUUGCUUGAGGAUAGAAUACCGUUUUUGCGGUUCACAUGAAUCUUUGGGUUUACCAGUUCUGUUGUCGUGUUUCGAGUGAGAGGUCGUGUUGCUGCGCAGUCAGAUGACGACGACGAGUUAUUGACAGGCUGCAGUCAGAAUUCCAAUUCUGCAUCCGUGCGCCUGUUUGAAGCCGGGCAACGGUCGAAAUGAAGCUUCUCUCGCUGUGUUUAUCAUCGCAUAUCAGCGCUCCGCUGCUCUCCAACAUUCUUCACCAGGGUCUCGUGGUGCGAGGCCACGGCGCUAAGGAACAUGACGACGCGCACGGCAAAAACAAGGUACUCCGCACCGAGAUCCUCCCUGAUGCGGAGCAAGACGAGGCUUGGGCAACACCGCCCCCAGAAAUGUCGUCCUCUGCGAAAACGAAAAGUAGAGGUAGCGGACAUGAUGAGGAGCUACAGCAGCAGCGGAGGGCUGGGAAAAAAGACAGAAGGAACAAGGAGCACGUGGAACGGGCAGCCGGAGCCGCGGCGGCGAAAAAACCUACUUCUGCGGUGCAGCACCACACCAGUCACGGAAAGGCGGAAGAUGCCGCAGCGGUACUUGUGGACACGGCCAGGACGGAUUCUGGUUCCAAGACGCAUAAUUCAGGUGUUAGUAAGAUUAGUUUCUCCCGUCUCCUGCGCAGCGCAACAAGCAGUUCGCCGAAAGCCUACGUAAGGCGUGGCGCUAACGAUACAAGCCAUGCCAUGUUCAUGCAGGCCGGAGCUGAGGCUUGGAACGUCUGUGAUCCAAACCUCGCACCAACGGCCGUAGACAAGGAGACUGGGAGAUUUCCCGUGCGGUGCUGCGGCGAGGAGGCCCACCUGACUGAUUCCGCCAGCUUCGGUAGUGGCAAAAUCGACAAUGGAAACAAUAUAGCGGUGGGCAUUAUCGAUUAAAACAUUAAUAGUGUAGGAUUCCCAGAAAUCGCCGAAAUUUUUUUUUUAUCAAAACACCAAAAUUUUUCAGCUCGCUGCAGCAGCCCGCCGUUUCUAUAUGUACCUGUCAUGAUUUAGAUUUUGUAGCGUGAUUUUAAGCAUGUGAAAGUAGCAAACUAUGCUUUGUUCGAUUCAUUAGACCUAACUAAGGAGGCUGGACUCUUCGGUGGCGCCGACAUGGGAGGAGGGCAAGUAGCGACGCAUGGGCGACCAGCCCUCUGGCCCCACUGAAUGGGGCCAGAAGGCCCUGUCAGAUCGGGAUUGCGGCACGCAUGGGCCGCGACGAGCCGUCAGAUUGCGGUGCUGUAUGACGCAGUGUCCUGCUCCUGCCUCUGUAACGUAACUAGUAAGCUGUACUAUAGAUACAUAAGGGAACCGAAGCAGCCGAUAGCUAGAGUCAAAACUCUUUGUUUGAGUAAACCGGAGCACUUGAUUCGAGCUCAAAGUCAAAACUAUUUCUUUGCUUGGUUUCUGAAAAUCCUACACGAGCGGUGUUUUUUCUUGGAUAGGCAGACGAAGCGACGGAACACGAGUGGAUUGCGUAACUCCACCGACGCCCGCCGACAUCUGCAAAGCAACUUCAAUCGACGAUGAUCGGCUGAUGGACUACGCAGCGGCGGUGGCCCUAUGUGCCGAGCAGAACGGUCGUCGGCUGUGCACCUUGGAGGAGCUAGGCCUCCGACGCGAAAGUGCCAGUGAAGACAGUACAAACACUAUUUGCGCUGAAACUGGCGGGGGGUGUAACCACGCGUGCAUCUGGUCUGGUACGGACGUGCCAGUGCAAGGGAACUCAGUCUUACGCACUGUAAGAGCUGUGUGCAAAAGUUAUCAUGAAUUUGCAGCGAACUGAUGGUCAAAGGCAUUUGUACUAGAACUACGCAUAUGAAAUGAACAACAAGCACUCGUUGCUCUUAUUAUUGUCGUUUGGGAGCUUGAGUUAUGGCAGAGUGUAUUCUUUUUGUCAACGUCAACCUCAAUCGGAGCACUGGUCGGCGCCGGUGGUCAAGAAAAAUUUCAUUCUUGUGGAGGUUACUUACGUGCAAGGAGGUUUUUACAGUUAGCUGUAGAUCUAUAUGAUGAACUGGAAAAUGUGGAUUUUGUAUUCGAGACUGCGACUGUCACGUCGAAGAGCAAGAAGGCGAAGUUCGAAACUUUGUGCACACGACCAUCUUUCCAGUCAAUCGUGGGAGAACUCAACCGAAGAAAAUUCUUCGGCAACAACUACACCCAAAGACACGACAGUCACAGCAGAAGAGGAGGGUAUGAUUACACUUACUUAUCAUUUAUUUUCAUUUUUGUGGAUGGAAUUAUCGGGUUCAGUGAAGCGUGGAUCGGAUUAUCGAGCUCAGUGACUGUCACAACCAUGGUUUUUGUGAUGAGGAGCACAAGUGUACAUAGUGCUUGCUAGUCCACGGUGCUCUAGGCCAAGAACCGGGGGUUACUUAAGUCCUUACAACUCCCGUGCUGAAGCAAGCAUGGUAGUAGAACGAGUUCGUAUGACAGGUGACGCAUCGAUGACGAUGAAGAUCAUCAUCGUUGUCCUCUUUGUGGCGCUGGUCGGCAUCGGCGGUGGAAUUUUCAUGAUGCAGGAGAAAGCCGUAUUCGGUGUGAAAGCCUUAACUUUCGUCCCACCUGGAAGUUUUGUCAUGCAUGUAAGUCUGUACGCCCUGAACGAACACGAAGUAAGUACUACAUGGAACAAAUAGAAGGCCUAGGGCUGUCGCUGUUUGCCGCAACAUGCGGUUGCUCAUACGAUGCGUGUUUUGCUCAGUGGGUUUCGGGUGAUUGUUGUGCGCUAAUGGAUUGAGAGAACUGACGAGGGGACUCGAGGCGCGAUCACACGACUCUGCUGAGGGCGCUGAGAUCGUCGUCGUGGUGCGUGCAGAAGGUAGCGCAUUCCGUAAAACUUCGUGCCAAAUGCGAAUAAACGAUUGCUUGAUCAUUUGCGUAGAAUAUGGGAUAGGGACGUUUUCACACGGGAUACGAAGGCGUCGAUGCCACCGCGGGGGGUGAAGGUGGAGCGGAAGGAGAUAUCAAAAAGAAAUUCCUGAAGAGACCUAGCUAUGACGGCCAAAGCUGUGACAGAUAUUUGUGUAGGAGUACGAUCACAGUCUGGCUCGUCUUGGUACACUACAUUACACGACACUUGGUUUUUACCGAUACGGCGAAAAGUCGUGUAAUAGAAAUAGAAGCUGUAGCUGAAGUAAGUAGAGCAGGACGUUAGCAGCAGUAAAGAGCAGCCGACAUGGCAGGGCAGCUCGGGCAACUGCGCUUCAGCCUGGGUGGCUCAGGCUCCCGCAAAAUUCAAAAUCUAGAUCUGCAGUACAGGAGCCUAGUGUCUUGCAGUGAAGGGGUGACGCGUGACGGACUUGCUUCAUGCGUACGAAAUAAGUAAAUAAGUGGAAGUGCUUCUCUACUUUCAAUGUGCCCCUGGGUUUUUUGGCUUUGGGUUGAAAGCGAAGCUACUAGAGGAAUGCUUUUUCUUUUGAUAUCUCCGGACGAUGACGACGAGGCCGCCGCGUACGCCGGCUACUAGAAGGAGAAGGUUCAAGGGUGUGCGUGUGGUGUACGCGAGACAUUUUAUUUUUUUUUAUCUGCAGGUGCAGCUGCAGCAUAUUUCAGACAGUAUGCAAGAGUAAGUCGCACACCGCAAGCAAGAUGCGAUAAUCAGAUCGGUCCUUGGAAUCAAAAAUGGCGUGUACAAGAAGAAAGAGGCAUUUGUUUCAUCUCGGCACCAAUCUCCAGC